CACCGUAGUCUGUCUCGUGGAUGGACGAGGCGCGCAGUCAUACUGUAGCUCCAGAAGUGCGGGGAGUGCUAAGUAAAUCCAGAGCAGUCAUGUCAAGAUUGUAGUCGAAUUCAGGACCUGACCAUUGUGACGCUUACCAGUCUAUUCCGUAAAGAUGCAACCUGAGCGAAAAUUCGACGCUUUUCAUUCACUUGUACCUGGGGGAUCAUCGCCAAGGAGUUUUUAUGUCCCUGCUUUUCUUUCUGUUACACGACGAGGCAAUGUUUAGAUCUUGCUGAAGGGAAACCCCUUGGAAUCUGGCUGUAUAUUUACAGUCAUAGUUUGUCAGAUGCGUGGAAUGUACAAGACAAAAUAGAGACUCUGAAUGUAGCUAGCUUUAAGGACGACAGCGGUGUCUUCAAUGUUUAUCUUCGGGCGAGCCGGUUACCCUCUGUCUUUCGUUUCUCGCAGAGCUACAAAGUAGCCGCUCAAAAAACGAUGCAGGAGAAAAAACAGAGGGGGUUGGAGAGGAACAGUGGAGACAUUCAACGUAAAAAGUCAUCAUGCUUCUCAAACAUCAAGAUAUUCCUGAUCUCGGAAUGUGCCCUGAUGCUUGCACAGGGCACCGUUGGAGCAUACCUGGUGAGUGUCCUGACCACCUUGGAGCGACGUUUCAACCUCCAGAGUGCUGACGUGGGUGUGAUCGCUAGCAGCUUCGAGAUUGGCAACCUGGCUCUCAUCCUAUUUGUCAGUUACUUUGGGGCCAAAGCCCACCGGCCGAGGCUCAUUGGUUGUGGGGGUAUCGUCAUGGCGCUAGGAGCCCUUCUCUCUGCCCUGCCGGAGUUUUUAACCACCCAGUACGAAUACAACCCAGAUGAGACGUGGAUGGUUGAAUUUGGACGUGACGUGUGCACUAACAGGACUGAGAGAGAUGAGGAGGAGACCUGUUCCAACAAGGCCAACACCAACAUGAUGUACCUGCUGCUGAUUGGAGCUCAGGUCCUCCUAGGGAUAGGAGCCACCCCGGUCCAGCCCCUUGGUGUAGCCUACAUCGAUGAUCAUGUGAAGAGGAAAGACUCCUCCCUCUAUAUAGGAAUCCUCUUCUCUACCUUGGUGUUUGGGCCCGCCUGUGGCUUCAUCCUGGGAUCUCUCUGUACCAAGUUCUACGUGGACGCUGUCUUUAUAGACACCAGUCGGCUGACCAUCACCCCUGACGACCCUCGGUGGAUUGGGGCUUGGUGGGGGGGUUUCCUCCUGUGUGGUGCCUUACUGUUCUUCUCAGCCCUCUUCAUGUUUGGCUUCCCCCAGUCUCUGCCUCGCCGGGAUGGGGAGGACGGGGGGGAAAGUGAGCAGGCUAUGCUCUCCCCUUCCACCUCCAUGGACUACAAGCCCAAGCCCAGCAAUGGUGUGGCGCAUAAUCACGAGCCGACCAACAGCCCCACCUGCUGUCAGCAGCUCCGAGUGAUCCCCAAGGUUACCAAGCACCUCCUCUCCAACCCAGUGUUCACCUGCAUCACCCUGGCAGCCUGCAUGGAAAUCGGCGUGGUCGCCGGCUUCGCUGCGUUCCUGGGGAAAUACCUUGAGCAGCAGUUCAACCUCACCACCUCCUCCGCCAAUCAACUCUUAGGUAUGACCGCUAUUCCCUGUGCGUGUCUGGGGAUCUUCCUGGGGGGCUUGCUGGUCAAGAAGCUGAAUCUGUCAGCGCUGGGUGCCAUCCGUAUGGCCAUGCUAGUCAACCUGGUAUCCACUGCCUGCUACGUCUCCUUCCUCUUCCUGGGCUGUGACACCGGCCCUGUCGCUGGGGUGACCGUCGCCUAUGGCAACGAGACCCUGCGCGUAGGCCAGAAGCCUGAGGCGGCCUGCAUCAGUCACUGUAACUGCUUCACGUCGUCUGUCAGUCCAGUUUGUGGCUCCAACGGCGUCACCUAUCUGUCCUCCUGCUUCGCCGGCUGCAACAGAUCAGUGAGCACAGGCACCCCGCCCCCCCUCACUCAGAAUCGGACCGGCUGCUCGUGUAUAUCCAGCGACAGUGAGUUUGCCACGGCAGUCCCAGGGAAGUGCCCCAGCCCUGGCUGCCAGGAGGCCUUCCUCAUCUUCCUGUGUGUCAUCUGUGCCUGCAGCAUGAUUGGAGCCAUGGCCCAGACACCCUCUGUCAUCAUCUUGAUCCGGACUGUGAGCCCUGAGCUUAAAUCCUAUGCUCUUGGAGUUCUGUUUCUCUUGCUGCGACUCAUAGGAUUCAUCCCUCCUCCCCUGAUCUUUGGUGCUGGAAUCGACUCAACAUGCCUUUUCUGGAGUACAGAGUGCGGGGUUAAGGGUGCCUGCCUGCUGUAUGACAAUGUAGCUUACAGGCAUCUUUAUGUGAGCCUGGCCAUCAUUCUCAAGGGAAUAGCCUUCCUCCUGUACACCACCACCUGGUACUGUUUACGCAGGAACUAUAAGAAAUACAUCAAAAGUAAUGAGGGUCACUUGUCCCCAACUGAACUCUUCCCUUCUGGGCACACCCUUGACAACAUGGGGAAGGAUGGAAGUCAGAACCCAGACAGCCGGACAAAGUUUAUAUACAACCUAGAAGACCAUGAGUGGUGCGAAAAUAUGGAGUCCGUUUUAUAGAUUUUGUCCCAAGAUGAGGAGGACCUGAGGAUCUACUUGGAAUUCCAUCAGGAGAUCGUCCUCUGUCUUCUGUUGUUAGGAUAAACUUUUCUCUUCCAAUAAAGAUAAUCCUGGGGCCCAAGUCAGGGCCUUGAAAGACUGUUGCUGCUUUCUGCUUCACAUCCUCUGUAACUUUUUAGGGGUCCAUUUUGAUAGUUGAGACAGUCGCUUGUCAGCAAGGUGUUGUCCAGUGUCAGUAAAUUCUGUUGUGAUUGUUGGAAGAACACAGGUUUCAUCUGGCUCAGUCCAAAGCUUCUAGUUAGGAGCUAUCAGUUACCAUAGGCCAUAGGAGCAUUAGUUUGUCAAUAUAAUGCUACUGUUGUAGUUGCCAUAUUUCUCAACUCUGUAAUGGAUCCAGUCCAUUACCUGACAUAAAAUGUUCCUGUCAGUCAAAUCAAUUCAGUGUGUUGUAUGUAUGACAGCUUUCUCUCUUGAAAAGAGAUUACAUAGUUUAAAAACUAUUGAAAAUACCUGAUAGUUGCCAAGAGUUUACAAAUCGAGAGAUAUGUCAUUCUGCAUUGCGUUCUUUGCUAUUUAUUGAGAGGGAAACAGAGCCUCAUGUACUGUAAAGUGGAGAGUAGAGAAUGUUUUAAAGUAGCCGCCUACUAUGUGCUUUUAAUGUCAGAAUCAAGUCAAGUGGUAGUCAGUAGAAUGGUGUUUAUUGUUAUUAACAGCAUACACUGUUCAGAAGCUGCCCUCUUGCUAGAACUCUGUAUUUUUUGAUUAACUUGAGUCAUAUCCAAAACCACCAUCUAUCGGUUUAUUAUUUGUCAGAUUCAGUUCGAUAGGGUCUUUAUGUUCUUGAUUUUCAGAUUUGCUGACUAUAUUUAACCCUAAUAUGUCUUAAUAUGAGGGAUUAUUCAGAUAUUUUUUUUAUUUAUCUCGGAUUUGGUAUUUUGCACCUUGUAGAAAGCAAGUAUUGGAAAGUACUGAAAGUCUUUUUAUGUGUUUUGAUUACAUAUUCAAGCAAAACGAGAUUACAAUUAAUAUAUUUGUUUUUGGUAGUUUCUAAAUAUAUAUAGAAAUACUGUACUGAGAGUAUAAAAGAAGAUUUAUUAAAACAAAAAUGUUUUGCUAUACAUGUUGCGAUUAAAUUGGGGUAAUAAAUAAAUAAUAUAAAAGAAAAAUAAGCAUAAGGCAAAAGAAAAUGUGUUAUUAGGCAUGCAAAAUCUGCAUGUAAAGUUGCAAAAAAUGGUACAGGAGGUGAAUAGUUCGUGGAAAAUAGGUUGAUAUCCCGCUAAAUACAAAACACAUAUUUUAUUACCCCUACUAUUUAAACCUCUUCAAUUUGUGUGGGCACAUACUGUAUGACUUAUUGUGUUACUAAUCAAAGUCUCUGCAGAUAAGGUUUUUGGCAUUGUCACUUUUCUUACACUUUUUUGUAUGGCAAGAUAUCAUUUAUUUUACUCUGGAAAUAAAUUAUUUUUCAGAAAAUCAA